AUGGAACAAAAUGAUGUCCAAAGUAAUGUCUUGAAAAAAAAAAAAAAAGAAAGAAAUAUUUUAAAUAAUGAUAAAGAUUUAAAUUUUGAAAACGAAAAGUAUAUAAAAAAAGAAAGAAGAAAAAAUAGUGAAAAUGGAUUUGUUAAUUUAAGAGAAUGGACGGUUAAAGUACAAAAUCGAUAUGAGAAAAAAUUAAAAAAAAAAGUACAAGAAAAAAAAGAAAGUGUGAAUAAUAUAAAAAAUGAUAAAUCAACAGAAAAUGAUAAUCUAUGUGAUGAUACAAAUACCAAUUUACAAAAUGAUGAAGAUAAUUAUAUAUCCUCAGAUUCUUCAUCUUUUAAAUCACGUUCGAGUUUAGGAAGAAAAAUAUCGUUCUCAUCAGAUGAAUCUUAUUUUGAUUCAGAUAUUGAUAUGAGAAUAAAAAAAUUAUUGAAUAUAGAGGAUCAUGAUAAUUUUAAGAAAAAGAAGAAGAAAAAAAUAAAAGAAGAAGAAGAAAGAAAAAAAAAAGAAGAAGAAGAAGAAAGAAAAAAAAAAGAAGAAGAUAAUGAGCAGAAUCAUGAAAUUAAUAAUAUAGAAAAUAUAGACAUUCAAUGUAUAACAAAUGAGGAACACCAUAUAAAUAAUAAAUCUCAUGAAGAAGAAAAGAAAAAUGAAAAAAUAAAUAAUGUGAAAAUUAAGGAGUCAAUCAAUGAAAGUCAGACACCUGAAAAAGUAGACGUUUCAAAAAAAAUUCAAGAAGAUUCUUCUACUCAAAAUAAUGAGACUGUGAAGGAACUUCUAACAGAACAAGUUCAACAUAAUAAUAAUAAUAAUAAUAAUAAUAAGGAUGCCAAAAAUGAUGAUAAAAGUGAUGAUAAUAAUAACAAUAAUAAUAAUAAUAAUAAUAAUUCGAUUAGUGAUAAUCAUAAUUAUGAAAAUAUUCAUAACGAAAAAGAAGCAUGUGAAGAUAAAAUAGAAAAUGAGAAUAUUAUAAAUAAUAAAAUCAUAAAAGAUAAUGAUAUACGUGAUAAAUAUAGUCCUAAUAAAACGAAAAAUAAUAAUUCAAGCCUUCCAGAUAACAAAAAGACGAAUAAAAGUAAUUCUUAUGUUAAUCCUACACAAAAAAAGGAUAAAAUUAAUAAUAGUAACACCACUGUUGUAUCAAAUAAUAUUUCACAUGAAAAAGAAGAUGAAAAAAGAAAAAAAAGCGAUCAUCGAGAUUUAAAUGAAACGGAAAAAAAAAAUAUCAAAUUGGAUUAUCCUAAAGACUUUGAAAGUAACAAUAAACACGACAAACAUAUAAAUAAUGGGGAUGAAGAAAAAAAUGCUCAUAGCUCGCAUAGCCAAAAUAACAAGGAGAAAAAACUUCAUUCUAAUGAUACCGAAGCUUUAAGAAGAAGUAGCAUAAAAAGAAGUACAGUCGAUUAUGAGAAAAAGAACUUAAAAAGCGAGUCGUAUUACGGAAAAGAAUAUUUAAAUAGUUAUAGUAAAGAAGAUAUAAUGAAAGAAGGUAAAGAAAAAAAGCAUUCCAAUGAUAUUAAUGAACAUAAUAAUAUAGAAGGUUCUCUAAGUCAUAGCAAUAGAUUAAGAGAAUCCAUCAAAUUUGAAGACAAGAAAAAAAAUAACAACAGUAAUAAUUAUUCCCAUUAUAAUAAUGUACAUGGUGCAUUUAAAAAACAUACACAUAAUAAUGAUAAUAAUCAUCAUGUAGAAAGAGAUAAAAACAGAGAAAGAGAAAAGGAACCUGAAAAAUAUGAACGAAAAGAGAAACAAGCAGAAAUGGAAAGAGAAAGAGAAAGAGAAAAAGAGAGAGAAAGAAAUAAAAAUAAAGAAAGAGAAAAACAAAUAGAAAGAGAUAAAGAAAAACAAAUGGAAAGAGAUAAAGAAAAACAAAUGGAAAGGGAUAGAGAAAAACAAAUGGAAAGGGAUAGAGAAAAACAAAUGGAAAAGGAUAGAGAAAAAGAAUGGGAUAGAGAUAGGGAAAGGAAUAGGGAAAGACAUAUGGAAAAGAAUAGGGAAAGAGAAAAGGAAAUGGAUAGAGAACGAGACAUGGAUAGGAAUAGAGAAAAAGAAAGGAAUAUGGAUAGGGAAAGAGAAAUGGAAAGAAAUAUGGAACGAAUUAGAGAAAGGGAAAGAGAAAUGGAAAGAAAUAGAGAAAGAGAAAGAGAUAUGGAUAGAGAAAGAGAAAGAGAAAUAAAUAGGAAUAGAGAAAGUUUAAGAGAUAUUGACAGACAUAGAGAAAGAGAAAGAGAUAUAGAACGAAAUAGAGAAAGGGAAAGAGAAAUGGAAAGAAAUAGAGAAAGGGAAAGAGAAAUGGAAAGAAAUAGAGAAAGGGAAAGAGAAAUGGAUAGAGAAAGAGAAAGGGAAAGGGAAAGAAAUAUGGAUAGAGAAAGAGAAAUGAAUAGGAAUAGAGAAAGUUUAAGAGAUAUUGACAGACACAGAGAUAUAGAAAGAUAUAGAGAAAGAAAUAUAGAAAGAGAUCGAGAUCGAGACCGAGAUAGAGAUAGGUAUAUGGAUAGAGAGAGAGACAUAGAAAGAGAUAGAAAUAGAGACAUAGAAAGAGAUAGGAAUAGAGAUAUGGAAAGAGAUAGAGAAAGAGAAAGAUAUAGAGAAAGAGAUAUAGAUAGAGAACGAGAUAGAGAAAGAGAUAGAGAAAGAGAUAGAAAUAGAGAUAGAGAUAUGGAUAUAGAAAGAGAUAGAGACCAUGAUUUAAAUUCAUCAUUUAAAAGUAUAAAAAAUUUCAACUCCUUUGAUAUAUCAAAAAAACGAUGUAAUGGAAUUGAUUCUAAUGUAAAUAAGAAACGAUCAUAUAUUAAUGAAAAUAAUAAUAAUAAUAAUUAUUCUGUAAAAAAAAUACAUGAUGAAAAUACACAUUAUGAACACACGGAUAAAGAUAGAUAUGUGUAUAAUUCAAAUGAUGUACAUAAUAGGAAACAUUCUAGUAAUAAAAAUAAAUUAAAUGAUACAGAUAAUUGGGAAAAAAAAAUGUCAAGGCUAAAGGAAAAAUUAAUAAAAAAAAAUAUAGGAAAAUAA